AUUAGAAUAGUUAUUAUUCUGAUCACAACACCUCUAUAAGGGGCCGCGAAGACAUUCCCGGAUUCCCUGAACGCACGACAAAAAAAACACCCCGACCCGAGCUGCUCGAUUCACUAGGCCACGUUCCCCCGAUCCCCUGAUCCCAUUGCCAUACGGACCACCCCGCCGCCGCGUGACCUGCCGGGGCCCUCCGCCAUCGCGCGGCCUCCUGGAAUCCCCGCCGCCGUGCGGCCUCCCGGACCCCCGCCGCCGCUCCUCGACCCUCUUCCCAUCUACUUCCGCCAGGACCAUGCCUCACCCCGAUGCUCCCAGCGCACCGCCGCCAGUUCCUCUCCUCUCCCUGAUGAUCGGAUACGUCGACUGGAGCCAUUGCCCAUCCAUAGAUCUGGCCAACUGGACGCCGCUGGCCGCGGAUCCGUCCCUAGGGACCGACCCGGACGCCGGCUGCCUCCACCACACGUCGGACCCUGCCUCCACCCUCGUUCCACCAGGUGGAUGUCGUCGCCAUGCUUGAGGCCGCCGUCAAACUUCCCUGCUCGAGGCUACCGUCCAUUACGUUAGUCGAGAUCCCGUGCUCAGGGAGCAUCUCGUGCUUGCCGGAGGUCACCGACGGCCUGCCCUUUCCUUUUCCCUUCCUACGGUGAGAUAGACAUGGUCGUCAUAACUUUUUCUGUUCUGACGGCCAACCAUCGGCCGGCGACCACCUGUGCCGGCGCUGCCUCGGAUCCCCAUCGUAGCAUCUCCCGACCGGGGAGCAGAUCCCAUCCAGGUCUCCCCCCGUGCUACUGCAGGUCGACUAUGCCGUCGCGCGAAGUUCACCGGUCAGAGUUUAGUCUGAUUCGUCGCUGGUGCGUCACCUUGGUUAGUCUCCAACGCCUCCCUACAUCUCCUCCCUUUUGCGUUGCCACGCCAACCACGGCCGCCCCCGCACCCAAUCCUCCUUGGCCACAAAUGAAAAUCAGAGCUACCCUGACUCUGCGGCCAUGCCAGCACCGUUCAAGGUUCUCGGCCCAGCUCCUCACUGAUGCAGAGCUUUGAGUUCAGGCCCUUGCACCAAAUAAAUGUCGUGCACGCUCCUCCAAAUAUUCCGGCGCUUUUGGGUGAAAUAAUGCUUCCUGUUCACAUCAACAAAUGCUCCUUGGAGGACUUCUCCAUCGACUUGCAGGUUCAGCAAUGGACAAUGAAGCUGCCCUUGACCAUCUCUUGUACAGACUGCAUGCAGCGUACAAAUACACCUCCCCCGCCCGGCAGCUAUGGCGUGCGGCUGCCUAGCACAUCGACGCCCCAAGGCACCACCAUGAUGAACCAGGUCGUCAUAUUUUGCAGAAGCAAAUCACACAAAAGAUUUUAAGCGGAAUGCAGUUUGGAGAUAAUGGGGAAACGAGGUUCAAAGAGAUUUUUUUUGUAGUAUCACCAGAAAGCUUUUCCAGUGCACUAUACCACAUUUAUGCUUUUAUUUUACACAAACGAGGUUGCUAGAGCUAGUAGAUCUUGGGAUAUGGGCACACACGGAAGAAGACGAAAAGGAGGAUUGCGAGUUGGAGAUUGCAAGAUCGCUGCUCAAAGGACAAGAUCAUUUUGGUUUUAGAGAACACCUAGUGGGGUAAAAGAGCAUCGCUUUGUCCAAAAUCCACCGAUGAAAGUUUUGCUCUGUAUAAAGGUCUGCGUGACAGUAAACUCUUGAUUGUUUCUUUAUGUUUGA